UAGCGCUCCCGGACUUCAAGAGGUGCAGUUAAUUUCGGCAGCUUGCGGCCCCAGCCGCCCGGAAUUCAAAGUGAGAAGUGGACAACUUUGUCAGUGUGCGGGUGGGGGGCAGCGCGACUACAGCCGGUCCCUCCGCUUCCCCCAGCAUCCCGUCAGGGUUAGCUGUGGGACAGAGCGUAGAGGGCUGGCUUUCCUGUUGCUAUCCCCCUCGCCGGCAACUUCUCGGGAAUGGAGCAGUCACAAUGUGGCAACAGCGACCGCAGCUGCGGCGUCCGACCCCGCCUGGCCCCGGGGCUAGUGGCGGCGGCUCCUCCACCUCCGUCCCCAGGGUUGUCCGUGCUCCCGGGGAUGCCGGUUCCUCCAGCGUUCCUCCGGCCGCCCGGCCUCUUUUUGCGCGCAGCCGCCGCCGCCGCUGCCGCCGCCACCCGGAGCGGAGGCUGCCCGCCGGCUCCCGGGCUGGAGAGGGGGGUCGGCGCGGUGAACUGCGGUUACCCGCGGACCCCCAAGUGCGCCCGCUGCCGCAACCACGGCGUGGUGUCGGCUCUCAAGGGCCACAAGCGCUUCUGCCGCUGGCGGGACUGCGCUUGUGCCAAGUGCACCCUGAUCGCCGAGCGCCAGCGCGUCAUGGCUGCCCAGGUGGCGUUGCGCAGGCAGCAGGCGCAGGAGGAGAGCGAGGCCCGGGGACUGCAGAGGCUCCUGUACUCUGCACCCUCGGGUCCGGGAGGUCGGGCAUCCGGAGGCAAUAGCAUUGCCGAGAAUCUCCAGGCGACCAGAGAUCCUGCGGCGGUGGCUGCUCUGGGACUCGGUGCCUUGAGACAGGCUGGUGAUUUGGCGACCCCCGCUUUCGAGGCUUUCUGCCCGGAUUUUCCUGGGGAAAAACAAGAACAAAAAAUGGGUAAAUAUGACUCAUACCCGAGUGGACAAGAAGAACCAGUCUCCAAAUCCCAUCAACUUUCCCUGGGGUCAUCUCCCAAGUCUAAUGGUGUCACUGGAAAACAAAACAUCAGGUCAUCUAUUUCAGAAAACUCAAACAAGGAUGAUAGCAUCUUGUCUCCUCUCUCUGAGGCGCAGUCAGGAGGUGAAGAGAGCCCCAGGUCCUUGUCAUCUUCUGAUCUGGAAUCAGGAAACGAAAGUGAAUGGGCCAAAGAUUUCACUGCUACCAGAUCCAGCCUCCCCACAUUGUCCUCAAGACCAAGAGAUCCUCUUGAUAUUCUUACCAAGAUUUUCCCAAGUUACAGGCGCAGCUGGCUAGAAGGCAUUCUACAGUUCUGCAAAGGGGAUGUGGUCCAAGCCAUUGAACAAGUCCUAAAUGGGAAAGAACAUAAGCCAGACACUAGGGAUCUUACAAGCUUGGGAAGAUCUGAACAUACAGCCUUUCAGAGAGCUUCUAAUUUUAGUCUACCUGGAUUUGGCUUUGGAGCUCUAGGGAAUAAAUCAGCUUUCUCUCCUCUUCAUACUACUUCUGCUUCAUAUGGAGGUGAUUCAAGUUUCUACAGCUCAAAUCCUAGACUAGGUAUUAGUCCAUUACAACUGGCAUAUUCCUCUCCAGGAAGAGGAUUAUCCAGUUUUAUGUCACCCUACAUAACUUCUGGGUUGGUACCAGCAUUGCCUUUUCGGCCAGUUUUGGAUUAUUCCUUUUCAGGAAUGAUUAGGGAUUCUUCCUACCUUCCCAUCAAAGACUCGGUAACUGGUGGUGAACUGUAUUCCAGACCGAAUCAGGACAAUCAGUAAUGUAUCUGCCCACUGUCCCUUUCUGUAGUAUUUCUGGAAGCAUGCAGUAGGCGCACACAUGCACACCACAUACAUUAACGUAGUAAAUACAUAUGUGAAUGGAUUAUCAGGCCUUAAAAUGCUAUUUAUUUUUGUAAGCAGUAGAAUAGACUUUAGAUCUUAACAUACUUCUUCAGCAUUUAUUAAGUGAAAGAAACAUUUGAACAUAUGUGCCUUGAAUAAAACUUAUAUCAGGAGAUCUUUUACUUUAAAUUAACAAAUCUUCUCUUUAAAAUACCAGUUGUAAAAUGUCUAUUUUAAAACUUGUUUUAUUUUAUUGAAAUGUGAUGUUCAUAGUUUUAAAAUACUUUUGUAAGUGUAAAGCAAUCCAGCAUAAUAUAAAAUGAGCAAAAAAUGAAGAGUUGAAAAAUUGAGAUACUUCUAAGUAAUUAUUAUUUUUAAACUUUUUUUUCCCCUUCUGUUCCUUGUUCACAGGAGAGAAAAAGGUUAUUCGAAGUAUUUUAAAAAAUAUUUUAUUUGCAUAUAAGUGGUUAGUAAUAAGUAAAACUUUUGAGAAGUUUGAACUUAUUUUUCUGAAUGUCUUAUUUCUCAUUCAUAUCUGCCAUUUGUGAUAAAAGUGCCACAAAAAAUAGUUCUCUUUAAAAAUGAAAACCCUGUGAAAUAAAUCUUGGAAAAUGAGAGUGCGCCACCUCCUGGCAACUACCAGUAAUUGCAAUUCAGUUCUGGCAGGGUAUAGGAAUUAGAAAGGAAUAAUUUCUUAAAUAUUAUAAACUAAUCAUUGUAUGAAAUAGUCAUUGGAUCAUGUUACAUAGAAAUUUGCAUAUUGUAAUGUGAACAUCUAUUGUGGACAAGGAUUUUAAUCUUGAAGUGUAAGAAUGCCUGUAUGUAGGGAAGUAUGCCUUGCCCUAUGUUUGGGACAAGACUAUGACAGCCGUCUCAAAGGUAAAGAUAAUUUUAAUCAGAAAAUUAAAAUGACUGAUAAGAUAAAUAUUGACUAACUCUAGUAGAUGAUGCUUAAUGCAAUGUGGAGAGAGAAAAUAUUUCCAAAGGGAAAUUUUAGGCAUUCAAUUUUAGAAGUUUUCUUGAGUUUUUAAAAAUACUUUUUAUUCUCCAUCUGAAACAUUUGAAAGCUAUUUAUUUUGGUCAAUGGAAAGUCCUGAGAAAACUGCUUACAAAACAAUUUUAUAAAGUUUUCUUCAUAUGUCAUCAUUUCUUUAGGAUAGUGGCUUUGUAGUUUUUGUUAGGGAUAAAUGGAAACACAGCUAUGCUGUAAGAUAAUUGAUGAAUCAGAGAUGAUUUAAAUAAUUUACGCAGUAUGAUUCACUAAAGAUAUUCUUAAAUUAUCGAUUUUAUCAUAUUUCCCAUGAAGCCCUUAAAAAUAUAUUUCUAAAUUAUAUUUUACCAGCAAAUAUAUUAA